AUGAGCUCUCAGGAUUUAUCGAAAUUAGCCAAAUUGUUAAUCACAGUGACAGAUUUGGACGAAGUGAAACAAAAAGUUCGUCAAUUAUGGAAAGAUGGACAAUUGGAAAGAUCACAAGCUGCAAAGCUAAUACGAAGAUGGAGAAGUUGGCAGUGGCAAAAAAAACAGAAACAGAAUAGGGAAACACUGAUCAACAGUUUGUCAGAAAAGCUGGAUUCUAUGGAGGAACAGGUACUGGACGAUGUUAAACAAUUGAUAAAUGAAUAUGUGAUGUCUGGUAAAAUUACUUACAAAGAUGGAGCAUUCCUCAUUAAAAGAUGGAGAAAGCGUGAAAGUCGUCGAAUAAAGCGGCAAUUAAAAAAGGGAAAUAUGUCGUGUUGUUUUUUUUGCCGGCAAACGGGUCACAAGUUUUCGGAAUGUCCGGAAAAGGAUGGCGAAAUGAUGGGAUCCGGCAUCUGUUUCAAAUGUGGUUCUACUGAACAUACAUCCUCGCAUUGUCAACGUAAAAACAUUCGUGGUUUUCCAUAUGCGACGUGUUUUGUAUGCAGGCAGCAAGGACACCUUUCCAGAGACUGCGAUAAAAAUGCAAAUGGAAUAUAUCCAGAUGGAGGUUCAUGUAAUUUAUGUGGAUCUCAGAAACAUUUAAAAAAAGAUUGUCCGCGUAGGAAAGGAACCGAUGAUAAUAAUCAAAGAGAAGUGCUAGCUGUUGAUAGAAAUAACGCUGUUGGCGGUGAUGAUGAUUGCCUCCAUAUCGAAAGCAAUGCUGUGAUAAGCGGUGCAAAGAGGAAGAAAUUAGAAAGAAAAGUUGUUCACAUAUAA